UGCUGUACUUCUACGAAAUAAGUGACCCGACGCAAAAUUCUCAGAAUAUGUUUUAUAAUCGUCAAGCGAAAAGAGAUAGUCCCAACACCAAACUAGGAGAGGAAGUUCUUCGAGAAGAGCAAGCUAAACACAAUGGUCUAGGACAUGGACAAUAUGAAAAGAACGAAAGAUCGCUGUGUGGCUGCGCUUCUGGUCAAUUCCAAAUGAUAUCUGCAAGUGUGUCAUUUGACAGAGAAAGAUGUCUUCAAAACAAUCAACAGCAUGAAGCCAAUGGCAAAUUAGAAGAGGAGCAUUUUCGAGAAGAGCAAGCUGAGCCAAUUGAACCAGAUGGAGAAGAUAGACAAUAUGAAAAGACGAACAAAUUCAUGAAAUCAAUAAGACGUCAGAAUGGAAAGGACCCGAAAGCACUUUGUAACCGUGCACUAAGACGGUGUCAAAAGAUCACUGAAAGUCUGCCAUUUGAACAAGAGCAGUGUAUCCGAAACAUUCAAGAAUACGAAGCAAAAGUACACCAACUUCAAAUGGACAUAAGAGGCCAUGAAUUGGUAAUUCAACAGUUAAAAUCACAAAUUAUCGAAGUUGGAAGACCAAAUCGAAUUUUGGACGAGGAACUACAAGAGCGCAAGUUGGAUAUUGAAACUUGUCAAGACCAGGAGCUACGAAUGAGCGAGUUUAUUGAAGAGGAAAAAAGGAAUAUGACCCAAUUUGAUGAUGAUAGGAAGGAGACGGAAGAUCUUAUGAAUCUACUUCAAAAGGAGCUUGAACGACUCACGACAGAGGAUGAGAAAGAAGAGCCAAAAGAAAUCCACAAACGUCGCAAAUAUGAAGAUGAUGAAGGCCCAGAUGCAAAAAGAAAACCUGAUGCUUGAAUUCAAUUUUUAUCUUUAAUUUUUAAUAACUCUAUUUCACCUACAUAAUUGCAAUAUGCUACAUCCAAUCGUUUUCGAGCUAUUCUUUUCUAAAUUAUUUUAACUUUCAAUUCUCUGAUCUCAUGUAAUUGCCAACUUUAUUAGUAACUUGAUCAUGAAUUUACAAACAUCUG